AUGCGUCCAGCACCUGCUUCCGCGGGCUCUGCCAUGCGCGGCUGGACCCGACACACUCUGCCUACCUCCACAACCCCUUCUUCCCGUCUGUCCGUGGUGUCCGCCACCACGUCAUCUUCGAGCUCUCAACGACGGCUAGCAUCCGGUGGAGUUGCCAGCUCGAGCUUCGCAAGUCCCUUCGGUAGACCCAAGUACGAUACCACCAAAAUCCCGAGCUUUAAGGCAUAUGAAUCCCCCAACUCCGAGAUCACGAACCGAACUUUCCAAUAUUUCAUGGCCGGGACGAUGGGUCUGUUGGCUGCCGCUGGUGCGAAGAACACUGUUCAUGACUUCCUGGUUAACAUGUCUGCCUCAGCCGAUGUGUUAGCCCAAGCCAAAGUUGAAAUCGAUCUCGCUGCUAUUCCCGAGGGCAAAAACGUCAUUAUCAAAUGGCGAGGAAAGCCUGUUUUUAUCCGACACAGAACGGAAGACGAGAUUAAGGAGGCCGAAGCAGUAAAAAUUGAAACUCUCCGCGACCCUCAAACCGACUCCGACCGAGUCAAGAAACCCGAGUGGCUUGUAAUGUUGGGCGUGUGCACACAUCUGGGUUGUGUCCCUAUCGGAGAAGCAGGUGAUUUUGGCGGUUGGUUCUGCCCGUGCCAUGGCUCGCACUACGACAUCUCCGGCCGUGUCAGGAAGGGUCCUGCUCCUCUGAACCUCGAGGUCCCCGCCUAUGACUUCCCUGAAGAAGACAAGUUGGUCAUUGGUUAG